AUGGCCGUGGAAAUCUCCGCAGAAGCGAAUUUCAAUCAAGUGGAACAACAAAAGUCAAUAACGAAUACGGAAAGCACCGAGAAUCUGGAUCUUCCACGUCCGAUCAGCACAGUUCUACCGGAUCAUAAUGUAACCGAGCCCGAUGCCUUCAUGAUAUCACCGCGACGACAUAAAACACGCCGAAAAGGUACCACGUCUGCAAGCAAUUCGCAUCGGAGCAAGCCGAAAAAACGAAAAAAUGUCAUGCAGAUGGCAUUGCAGGUAGCCGCCCGGAAAGGACUGGAAGCGAUGAUCGAGCUGUACGAUCGUGCUGAACCAAAUCUGCUGAAACGAGGAGCCAUUUUGGAUACGAAUGAUCCGGGAGCAUUGUUGGCACAGUUCAGUGCUUCCAACCAAACGGAAAUGGAUGCCAAAGCUGCGUAUGCAACACUUGUCGCUGCAAAAACAUUCAAGGAAAGCACCAACGUCGAGUACGUUGCCAUCGGUCGACAAGCGCCGCCGAAAAUUUCACUGAAGAAAACACCGCUCGAGAAGUUGUGUCCCUCGCGGGAAUCGCCACGCUGUGUGCCAGCCAGCCUGCGCUAUAGAACGCACGAUGGAACGUGCAAUAACGCCCGCAGGCCACGCUGGGGAUCGGCACAGAUGCCCUUUCAUCGGUUCCUGGCUCCCGAGUAUCAAGAUGGUGUUGAAGGAAUACGUCGAUCCGUUACUGGUGCAACAUUACCAUCGGCCAGAUUCGUCAGCCUCGUGGUGCACGGUUCCCGCAACGAAGAAGCACCGGUGACGAUGAUGUUGGCCCUGUGGGGACAGCUAAUUGACCACGACAUCACAGCCACGGCCCAGCCGCGCAGCAUCAACGGUUCAACGCCCCGCUGCUGCAACGGAGGCGAAGAAAGCACCCAUCCCUCCUGUUUGCCGAUCAAAGUUCCACACGACGACCCUUGGCUGUCUCAUCUCGGGGUGCGCUGUUUGGAGUUUCUCCGGUCAGCACCGGCGCAACGACGCGACUGUCUGCUCUCGUGGCGGGAACAAACAAACCAGGCCACCUCCUUCCUGGACGCAUCACCGAUCUACUCGAGCAACCCGCGAUCGUCGGACAAUGCGCGGAUCUUUCGCAACGGCAUGCUGCUGUUUGGACGUGGUCCACCACACGAGGACGUCUGCUUUCGGGCGGCCCUAGCGAACCAGUGCAUUCGGCCCGGUGACAGUCGCAGUGGUGAGCAACCGGGACUGCUUAUGAUGCAUAUGAUAUGGGUGAACGAACACAACCAGAUCGCAACGCGCCUCUCAGACAUAAACCCCCACUGGAGCGAUGAGAAGGUGUACCAGGAAACGCGACGCAUCGUAGGCGCACUUUUCCAACACAUUACGUACCGAGAGUUUUUGCCGCUGGUGCUGGGCAAGGAGGUGUGCCGACUGUUCGACUUGGAGCUAGAAACGAGCGGCUACUACCGGAACUAUGACGCUAACGUUAACCCUACCAUAGCCAACGAGUUCUCGGCCGCUGCAUUCCGUUUCGGACAUUCGCUCAUUCAGAACACGUACAUGCGAGCGGACCGGCAUCACCGUUUCAUCGCAAACAAUGUCAGCCUGCACGAGGACACGUCUGAAGGUGAUUUCGGAGGUCCGGGCUCGUUGCACCGGUUGCUGCGUGGUAUGGUCAACCAGCGAGCACUGAAGCGCGACGAGUUCAUCACGGCAGAGCUGACAAAUCAUCUGUUCCAAACGAAAAGUUUUCCGUUCGGGCUCGAUUUGGCUGCGAUCAACAUUCAGCGUGGUCGUGAUCAUGGACUUCCAGCGUACGUCAACUGGCGUGGUCCGUGUGGUCUGUCGUCAGUGAAAGAUUGGUCCGAUGUGGAGCGCAUCAUGGGUCCAGCAUCAGCGAAUCGUUUACAGAAAGCCUAUCGUACCGUUGAUGACAUUGACUUGUUUGUCGGUGGUCUAGCUGAACGUCCGGUGGUGGGUGGAAUCGUGGGGCCUACGUUCUCGUGCAUCAUUGCUCAACAGUUCAGCAAUUUGCGAAAAGGUGAUCGGUUUUGGUACGAAAAUCCGGGUUUCGAAUCAUCAUUUACGCCUGCCCAGCUGGAAUCGAUUCGGCAGGUAGCUUUCUCGCAAGUACUUUGUCGUGCACUGGGUGGUGGCGGAACACUGCAACCGUUCGUGUUUCUUCCAUCGGACUUUGGCCAGAACGAAAGACUUCCGUGUGAAUCGAGACUUAUGGCACCCGUCGACUUGACGCCGUGGAAAGAACGGGACCCAUUCAACAACGACACCGGAGACGAAGACGAGGACGAGGAAGCCGACCGAGACACAGCACAAUCUUCGACAUUUUCUUCAACAACAAGCACUACGCGACGUCCCUCCUUGGUACUAGAGACUUCAAGUAACGUCAUCAACAAAGUGGACCUCAUAACGAACGGCAACACUGGUGUGCAACCGAACCGACAGAGACCACAGUCGUCGACAUUGACCGUUGGACCAACAGUUAUUAUCAGCAACAAAGUAGACUUGACACCGACGUCUAGCAGACCGCUGCCCAGUGGGCAAUCUGCGACCGCGACGAUUAUAGAUCACAAACUGGACCUUAAGGUGACUACAAAACCUACUCAGAAACGCAAACCUACCCGCAAAACUACCACCAAGAAACGACCUACACCGUCAGCUACCAGACCACUAGUAAGCAAUAACUUGGACUUCUCCGCAUCACGUACCGCAAACGGCACAGUUACCUCGAACGAAGACUCAACCGACCGACAGAAACUUGUACGCACGAGACGGGCAUCGAGCAAAGCCAGGGAUCGGGACGCACGUUACGGGUACUACCAAACAUCUUCCCCACCGCCUGAUUACAAUGACUACGACGAGGAUUAUAAUACGGACUAUGAUCCACCUCCUCCGUACUUUGCCUAUGGCUAUCAUCGACCAACUGCUACAACGACUACAACGCAAUCACCACCGUACGGGUAUUAUCCUCCAUAUGGGGGAGGAUAUUACACCCCCCAACCGACGCCACCACCUCCUCCUCCUCCACCAAACCCAUACUUCGACACCCGAAGACCGAUACGUACAACGACACCACGACGUAGACUCUCGGACAAACUUACCCUGAACGCCGACCUACCGUCACAACACGCGACGCAGCGACCGCGGACAUCGACGUUUAGACCACCGACCGACACUAACUUUCACAAGACACCUUCCAAUAAACCAUUCAAACAACCUUCUCUCGCACAAACUUCUGUCUUCUCUGUAGACUUCAAAAACCUUCCCGCUGGAAGUCGUAGCCUAUCCACUAACAGUAAUAGAACUUUGCUUCCUAUUAUCUCUGCUACAACUACUACUAGUAACACUACUUCCGUCUCCAAUGAAUCGUCUGUCGCUCUGACAGCUACUCGGUCUGCUUUUCCUACUUCCGGGGAUCUUCCUAUGAAACUUUCGGAGUCUUUCUCUGUCUACGACUACGGCAAUGACUACGACGAUACCGUGCCGCAUCCUAGUCGACAUACAGUAACGAACGCGGACACAGAGGGUGACCGACUGCAGGUACUUCCGCUAGACGAACACGACGGCUACCUGCGACCGGAACAAACACAUUAUGAACCACUUGUACGCCAAUCCGUAAUCAGUGCGGAUCAGACCUAUCGAGACUAUUGGACGAAGGAAGGAACGAACACUAGACACUAUACGGACUACUUGACUGCAGGAAGUUUGCGACCUCUGCACCAGGACCUAAGACAAGAUCACAGAUACGCACCUGGACAUGACAAACAGCUACUACUAGAUGACUACUCGGACAAGUUCGUUGGACUAUUACUAAACGGCGAAAAACGCGACGAUACGACUCGAGACAAAAACGAUCAACCGACAGUGACCUUACGGAACAGCAAUAGAUCGAGAAUGAUUGACUCCGACAAGACGCAUAAAGACGCGCGCUACUUAACUGAACAACGUUCUAUCCGAGAUGACAUAAGCAAAGACAGAACAUCGGUAACCAAACUCAAAAACAAGCGACCGAUCAACAAUAGACCGAAGACGUCCACCAAAAAACCGAGUGCUAUUUCUUUGGUACCGUUUGUACUACUAACCAGCAUCGACAGACCGGACAAUUGGGUAAUGUACCAUUCCAAACCAUCCAAACAUCGAAAACCGCCGGUAACAGUGCCACUGCUAAAGAGUGAUACAAUUUCGCUCAGCGAGUUGCCAAAACCGAUUGCCGAUCCGGACUGA